AUGGCUACCAACGACUUCACACCUCGCGAGGACGAGAUCAUGGCCGCCGCAUGGCGCUGUUUCGAGGGUGGAGAGCCCAAGGUCGACUUCAAGAAGCUUGCGCCGCUCGUGGGAAUGGGGAAUCCGGGCUCUGCUAAGAAUGCAUGGGCUAAGAUCAAGAAGAAGCUCGCCGCAGCUUUCGAGGGAGAGCCGAAGGUCGAUUUCAAGAAGCUCGCCCCGCUCGUUGACAUGGGCAAUCCGGGUUCUGCUAAGAAUGCAUGGGCCAAAAUCAAGAAGAAGCUUGCCGCGCGCGCUCUCGAAGUGGCUGGUGACACCGAGGCAAUGACUACCACCACCUCCACUCCAAAGCCCAAGGCGACACCGAAGAAGCGCGCGAGGUCCGAACUCAAGAAGGAAGACACUGGUAGCGACGAUGGUGACGAGAGUCCUGUCAAGAAGGUGAAGGCGACUCCGAAGAAGGGUCGUGGUAAGAAGGCUGUCGGCGAGCUCGUUGGCAGUGACGAUGAGAAGGUCGAUGAGAGAGUCGAUGAGGUCGUUGGGGUUGAAGAGGUGCCAGUGAAGGCAGGGGCUGUGGACGCCGAUCACUCGGUCGAUACGGGUGACCUGCUCUGA